CACCUCUUACAGAGGCGCUCUACCAGACAAGCAAGCAAUGCAAGGAAUCUUGAACCAUGCCCAGCAUAUUUCAACAGCUAUAGUCUGGUAGAUUUGGAAAGAAAGGGAAAGAAUCUUCCUACACCAGAUGUCUAUGGACGUAUGGAGGUCCAUAGCCAGCUAUGUCAUCAACGGCAUGCCAAUAAGUAUCGGGGGGACCCGUAAGGUUCCGGUCAAAUCACUUCUAUCGUGGCGCCAUUCCGGUCUCGUAAUAGGCGCCGGCCCGUCUAUAGCCGGCAUCAUAGCGGCGUUGCCCGUACCGGCAUUUCCAGCAUGCUUCAGCUUGGAAUAAAGUGGUUAUCGGUAUUAAUAAAUUGCAACAGUUUUCCAUACGAGGCAAAAAUGAUAAGCAAUAAUCGUUUAAAUUUAAG